CAAGGUCAUUGUCUUGACGCGCGUCGCGCCUCCUCAAGAUGGAAGCACAUCCAAGCGAGGUUCCAUAUGAGGCAAUUUCCGAGACGCGCUUUACAUCAGAACAGAAUUCUAAAUCCUCCAAUAGCCAACGUCCUCCAAAUGCCUCAGAAAAUAAAGUUUCUGGUAAAACGCUCAUGAGUGACAUCCCAGUUGAAAACAGUACAAAGAUAAUUAUUAUCUGUAUCUAGCCUUAGGGUUCACCAACACGAGAAAGCAUAGUGCCGAGCAGCAGUAUGAUUCAAGUUCAUCUGAAUCAAACAAGAGCCAUGGAUCUAGACAGCAUAUUAGGAAAAUGGAGAAGCAUAGCAACGCAGGAGAACCUGACUUUGAAAUCUUUACCCCGGAUGGGCUUCUAACUGACCAGGAAGAUGGAAGUUCCGAUUCUGAAAUCGGAGACAUUGCCAGAACACCAUCCACGCGUGACUACGGUCAAAGCAAAAGUAGAGGGUCUAAAGAGUUACUGAACGUCGAAUCUGAGCAAUCAAGGAGUGGGUCACCCGGCAAUUCGACGGUGAGAAAGGAAGAAGCACGACGUGACAGGGAGGAGCUUGUCGAACAAUAUCGCCAGGCAGUUUUGGAGCACAAAAUAGCAAGGGAAACCAAUCUACAAUUACAAACUAAGCUUGCAGAAUACUUCAGACGGAAGAAAGCGGAUGCUGCAGACCAGCAAAGUGGGGCUUCUAGUGUUGGCGGAAGCAUGACUGACAAUGCUGUAGAUUAUGAACAAAGAUAUAACAAAUAUAUUACUAGCCUAACGGAGCUGCGAAGUCAGUAUCAAACAAUGCAGGCCAGCUAUCAUAAGCAAAUUGAAGAAUUAAAGAACACUUGUUCGGAACGUCAGAAAGAAGUCGAUGAAGCUUAUAAAGAUUUCACGACUUACAAAUUUAACGUAGGAAAGAAGGCCCUUCACAGUAAGACCGGUAGACCUAUAAACACAAAAGAGUUGAUGACUAUGUUGAACGCAGAACAGAAGAAAGAAGCUACUGUAAUGGAGGUCCGAUUAGAAAACAUAAAGUUGAAGAACGAAGUAGCUAAAGUUGAAGCUAUUCUGAAAUCUAAAGAAGAAUUAGCUGAGGGGUUGCAUUUAAUAGACUUCGAACAGCUUAAAAUUGAAAACCAAACCUAUAACGAAAAAAUUGAAGAACGAAACGAAGAACUCGCAAAACUCAAACGAAAAAUCGCAAACACGGUUCAAAUAAUGGCUCACGUUAAAGAGAAACUUCAGGCAGUGCAGUCUGAGAAUGCUAAACAACGACAGAGAUUGGGUAUUGCAGACGCUGAACUCACCUUCAAUCGCGAUCAGCUAACCAGGCUCAAACAUGCAAGAGAUCAGCUGAGGUCGGAUAACGCAAAACUUCGACGAUCUUGUGGUUUGUUGGGCAAGACUACGCUCCUUCUCAACUUUGAAGAUUCUGUGGACGCCGUAUCCUCUAAGCUGGCAUCACUAGAAGAAACAAAGAAAAUGACUUCACAUUAUCUCUCAAAGGCCCGUGGCCUUCGAAACAAGAUAGAAAGUCACCCAGAAAGGCAAGCAGCUUUAAACAAACUUUAGGAUGAUCUUGUGGCUUUGCUUUUGAAUGGCUGGGUUUAUUUUACAGUUCGCAAAGAAUUGGAUUAAAGCACCAUGGUUUUUCGAGAAGCCAUUUCGCUCUGUUAAAUGUGCACGCAUCUCCCUUCAGACGUUCACCCCCACUACUUAAUGUAUUGUUAUGUACUACACUAGCCUACUGUUUCACUGCUUGGGUCUAACUCUAACGGUUUGUCAAACUCAAGGAUGGCUGGAACUGUAAGGAAGUUCCUUGUAUGUUCUUUCGUGUGUGCGUCGUUG